GUAUAUUCACAGAUAUAUGCCACCAUCAUAGUCAACUUAAAACAUUUUCAUCUCCUUAAACAGAAACUCCAUACCCUAUAGCUAUCAUCCCUCAUCUCCCUACUUCCCUCAUCCCCUCCCCAACCAACCCAAUUUUUAUAUAGUAUAUAUGUUUUCAUUGAUGAACAUGGACUUCCCUGAGGGGCAGAGCCAGAUAAAUUAGGCUAUAGCUGAACCCAAGAAAUAAAAACAGCUCCUCCUGCUUGCCAUCCUUACCUCUCAAUGUGUCUGCCCCCAGCAGCAGUGGCCUCCUCUUUACUUUUUAGAAAAUGAACAUAAGAUUAGGAUAUUCUGAGUGCCAGACACUAUGCUAGGUGCUUUCAUGUACACGUUCUCUUGAAAUCUUCCCAACAACGCUGUCAAGGAGACAUUAGCCCCAUUUCACAAAUGAUGAAAUGAAACUCAGGGAGGUUUGGUGUUUUGCCCAAGAGUCAUACAGCUGGAAUUAGAACCCAGCUGUCUGACUCCAAAGCCCAUGAUCUUUCCACUUCAUGGGACUGUUUAGGUGCCUGCUCUCCUAGCCCUUUACCUGCAUCCUGCCUGUAUCACAGACACCAUCCCUGACUCUCCUCCCAGCAGGGUGUGUGUGUGUGUGUGUGUGUGUGUGUGUGUGUGUGUGUGUGUGUGUGUGUGUGUGUUGGGGGGGUGGGGGGCGUGUUGUUGGCCUGAUCCAGGAGAUGACAGCCUAGUCUCCAGUCUGGGGUUUUCUGCUGCUUCAACGUCCAGCCCAAGUGCCCUCUCCUCCCUACUGAUUCCACCGCCCUUGUAACAGAUCGCUCCACAUCACAGAGCAGACUGGCCUGGUAUCCAGCAGGUGCUGAAUUAAUAUCUGUUGGCUGUUUUCUUUUGUUGGUUUGCCUCUCUCCUAUCUUAUACACCUUGUACUGUGACCUGGUCUGAUGCAUCUGGGUUUCCCCAGCGCCCAGCUCUGUGCCAGGCACAUAAAAUGUGAAGGAAUUCAUUGAACGAAUUAACAAUUCCUGGAUGGGUCAGGGGGCUCUCCCCCGGACAGGGUGCCAAAAGGUGGGCAGCUCACCGCACAACCUUCUUCCCGCUACGAGGGAAAGGAAGGGCAGGUGCCUGCGGUGAGCGCAUCGGUGCCCGGCAGGUGGCGCCGCAGGCCCAAAGCCUCCGGUUCUGCCCGCGCGUCGUCGGACGCGGCGUUCGGUCACGCAGCCCGUCUUCCUUCCGCCCGAACAGCCCACCGGUCCCACCCCGCGCACACUGUGCGCCGUGGGCGCAUCUCGACCUCCGAUCCUGCCCCACGCACGAGGCGACCAGCCGCAGUAUGCGCCAUGGCACUCGCGGGGGUCCGGGCCCGCGCCUGGGCGGCAGCGGCCAAAAUAGCCCAGAGGCAACGCCGGGCGGAGGGUGCAGAAAGAUCCCGGAGUCCGGAGUCCGGGAGCCAGCGCGCUGCCCUUUACGUCCACUGGCCCUACUGCGAGAAGCGCUGCAGUUACUGCAACUUCAACAAGUACAUCCCCCGCGGUGUGGAGGAGGCUGCUAUGCGGAGCUGCCUGGUGACUGAGGCUCAGACUUUGCUGCGGCUCAGCGGGGUGCAGCGGGUGGAGUCUGUGUUCUUUGGUGGGGGCACCCCCAGCCUAGCCAGCCCCCACACUGUGGCUGCUAUCCUAGAGGCAGUGGCCCAAGCAACCCACCUGCCUGCAGACUGUGAAGUCACAUUGGAGGCCAAUCCCACUUCUGCCCCAGGCUCCAGGCUGUCAGCAUUCGGGGCAGCAGGAGUCAACAGGUUGUCCAUUGGCCUCCAGUCCCUGAAUGACACUGAGCUCCAGCUGCUGGGGCGGACACACUCAGCCAGUGAUGCUCUGCAGACACUGGCAGAGGCUCGGCGCCUUUUUCCUGGGCGCGUAUCUGUGGACCUGAUGCUGGGGCUGCCGACACAGCAGGUGGGGCCGUGGCUCCGGCAGCUGAAGGAACUGCUGCACCACUGUGACGACCACGUCUCCCUCUACCAGUUGACCCUGGAGCGGGGCACUACCCUCUUCACCCAAGUGCAACAGGGUGCCCUUCCUGCCCCUGACCCCGAUCUCGCUGCUGAGAUGUACCAGGAGGGACGAGCAGUGCUUAGGGAGGCUGGCUUCCGCCAGUAUGAGGUCUCCAACUUCGCCCGGAAUGGGGCGCUCAGUACCCACAAUUGGACUUACUGGCAAUGCGGUCAGUACCUUGGCAUUGGGCCUGGGGCCCAUGGGCGAUUUGUGCCCCAGGAGGCCGGGAGCCACGUUCGGGAGGCUCGAAUCCAGACCCUGGAGCCUGACAUCUGGAUGAAGGAGGUGAUGCUGCAUGGUCAUGGCACCCGGAAGCGCAUCCCCCUGGGCAAGCUGGAGCUGCUGGAGGAAGUUUUGGCCAUGGGGCUACGCACAGACGUGGGGAUCACUCACCAGCACUGGCAGCAGUUUGAGCCCCAGUUGACCCUUUGGGACGUGUUUGGAACAAACAAGGAGGUGAACACGUUGUUGGAGCAGGGCCUUUUGCAGCUGGAUCACGGGGGUCUUCGGUGUUCCUGGGAGGGCCUGGCUGUGCUGGACUCACUGUUGCUGACCCUGCUGCUUCUACUCCAAGAGGCCUGGCAGCAGAGAGCCCUCUCCUCUGUGCCAGGAGGAUGACCAGGUGUUCCUGUACCUGAGGACACUAUACCAGAGGUGAGCACGUGCAUUUCCCGUGUGCCUAGUGGGUGUGAAUGUCAGUCCUUCUGUGACCCUGUGGUAACGUGGUAAGUGUUACUACCUCUCAUUUAUUCAUGAAAUAUUUAGCAAGCACUACUGAUGUGCCAGGCACUGUGCCGGGCACACAGAGAGGAAUAAGACCUGUUCCAGCCCUCGAGGAACUCACCGCCAUGUUGAUAGAUGUGUAAAGAGAUAAAUGUCAGGGUUAUCAGUGAGGGUAUGCAGGCAGACUGUGGAAGCCUGCGGCGCGUUUGAUUCUGGGGCUGGGAGCAGAAAGGGGAAUAUGUUUUUCUUACUACCUCCUGUGGCCCUAGGGCAGUUUGUAGGGUGACCUGUGCUGCCUGGGAGAGCCUCUUCCUGUGCCUUCCCCUGAUCUUGAUAUUCAAGAAGUGAGCACGGGGCCGGAGCCGGUGCACCAUCAGAUAACCUGGGCCCACUCAGGUUUCUCCCAGCAGCCAGGGCUCGUGCCACCUGAGAUGCCCAGGCCCUCCCUGCUGGGGCACCUCACGAGGCCUAUGCAGACAGCCUGGAUAGAAGCCAGGGCCAAGUGGGGGUGGCAUGGAUCAGUUUCUGUGACUCAGCCUGGUCCCACCCUCCUCAGGUGAAUCAGAAUCUCCUGGAGGCGGAGCCCAGGAAUCUAGUUUUUAAGUGCUUCCUAAAUGGCUCUAAUAAUCAGGCCAGUUUGGGAAGCCCUGUCAUCUCCUGCCUUCCAUCCUGGGAGGCUGGGGUCAGGAGGAAUGACGGGGACACAGCUACUUGCAGACAUGACCCAAUGAAGGGGGGUCCUUCGCUCUGCAUCUAGGCCUUCCAUGGCCCAUCCAUCAAAGGGCUUCUCCUUCAUAGUGAGACUUUUAUUGUCACUUUUUACCUGCCCUACUAAAAAGCACAUGAACACAAUUAAAAGGGGUGAACAAGCUACUUUGGUGAUGAGAGGAGUUGAGGGAAAUGUAACAUGUGUGGGUGUGUGGUUACAGCACGAAGGACCAACCUUCUGUAUGCGAGACCACUAAAUUAUAAAGCCCUAUAAUUGAGGGCACCCUCCCCCCGCCCCUCCGCACCAAGUAGUAUGAAGUAGGCAGGGCAGCUAUUAUAAUUUCCAUAUUACAUAUGGGGAUAUUCAAAGAAGCCCUCUAACUGGGCUCUAGUCAUAUAAGUAAGUAGCUGACCUGGUACAACGCUUAUGAACAUCCAGAAUUGUCUGUUAUAUCAUCAUAUUAUACUUACAGUGGGUCCAGGUCAAUUGACCUAUCUCUUAAAUUAGGCAGAAUCCUGACCUCUCUCUCACUCCUCUGCCUCAGGCUUGAAGCUGCCAUUUUGGCCUGGUGUUGGGUAGCUUGGAUUUGGUGUCUGUCUUUUCCCUCCAGAAGAGACUCGACAGUGAGAACCCAUGUGUCCCAUCUCCGUGAGACCACCCACUUCCUGGGACAGACCUGCAUUCUGCAAGGAAAAGGCCUUUAAAUAAUAAGAUUGCCACAGACUGAAUGUUUGUGCCCCCCAGAAUUCACAUGCGGAAAUCUCAUCCCCAAGGUGGGGCCUUUGGGGGUGAUUAGGUCAUGAGGAUGGAGCCCUCAUGAAUGGGAUUCGUGCCCUUAUAAAGGAGACCUCAGGGAGCUCCCUCUGUCUUUCCACCACGUGAGGACUUGGAGAGAAGACAAACAUCUAUAAACCAGGAAGCAGGUUCGCACUAGAUACCGAAUCCUGCUGACACCUUGAUCUUGGACUUCCCAGCCUUCAGAGCUGUGAGAAAUAAAUGUUCGUUGUUUAAGCCA